CGACUGUGAAGUGAAGUGUUCCCAAUGCACAGUGCCUUGAAAGGCUUAUUUAAACGAACCUCGUGCUGAAAUUAAGUCUUGUGUUACAAGUUCCGAAUUCAUUGGUACUAUUGUUUUAGUUUAUCGUUAUCUCCGUUCUCCGACUAUCUACAAUUAAAAAUUAUUUCUUUCGAUCUGGCAACAUCUUCACAUCAAGAAAGGAUGAAUAAACCUGACCUAUAUUCAACGCACGUCACUCCCCAUAACAUAGAAUAUUACAAAAGUAUAUUAGAUAAAUACCUUCCUAAAAUUCGCCAUGGAAACAACAAUAAUAAAUCGGCGCUAGAUAUCGGAUGCGGUCCAGGCAGAGUCACGCAUGAUGUAAUCCUACCCUACGUAAAGCAAGAGAUCGAUGAAAUAAUUGGAGUUGAUAUUUCUGUUCCUAUGAUAGAGCAUGCUCAAAAAACUUACGCAAAUGAUCAAGUUAACUUUAAGGUGGUCAAUGCAGCAGAGCCUGUUCCCGAAGAUUUUGUAGAACGUUUCGAUUACAUAUUUUCUUUCAUGACACUCCACCGCAUCCCCGAUCAAAGGUUACUGUAUUCCAACAUUUUAAAAAUGUUAAAACCCAACGGAAGCUUUCUUGUGACGUAUAUCGCCAAAUCUAAGAAUACUGCCAUAUGCAACAAAGUUUGUGACUUAGAAGUCUAUUCCCCAUAUAUCCCUAAGACGUACCGUAGAAAUACAGCUUUUAACAAGUCGGAGAACCCCCAAGAAGAACUCACUAGUAUUCUACGUGAUACAGGAUUUAAAGACAUUCAUUGUGAAGUAAAUACAACUCGACUUGGCAAUUAUAGUAGGACGGGAAUAGAACGUUACUUCGUUUCAAUACUUGGGCAUUAUGAUUGCAUCCCAAGCCACUUGCAAAAACAGUUCAUUGCGGAUCAUGUUGAUCAAAUUGGUACGGGCAAUGGUGCAAAUGGCGAGAAAGAAUAUUACGUAGAGCACGAUCUGUUUAUCGCACAUGGAAGAAGAACAUAAAGUCAAUGUUACUCAAGAACACCACAAAAUUUGAAAUUAAAGUCUGUAAUUAGGUGCCUGCUCGAGAAAUUAAUAAUCAAUAAUGUUUGUUCCGUUCACAGUCUAUAAUACUAAAAUGUUGCGCAGUGGCUGUAACAAAUUAAGCAUUUUUGCAUGGAUUUUUAAUGAUUUCACAUUUUAGGUAAUGCUUAUUUUGAAUAAUAAAUCUUUCUUAACGCCUCU